AUUCGCAAGCUGUUACUUCAAUCUUUUUUUCUGAACAAACUGAACAACUUAUGAUUGGAUCGUUAAAAAUUACAAACAAUUUAAACAAAAAUUAUGAUAAAAUUUUUGAGGAAUUGCUUUUAAAAAAAAUAAAUAACUUUGAUAUUAAUGAUAUUCAUCAAAAAGUUAUUGAAAAUAUUAAAAUAAGAUGCAACUUUGAUAAGCCAAAGAUAGUAAUUUUGAAUCCUG